CACCAUGGUGCAAGAGGGGUCCGGGGGCAGCUCUCAUGAGCUUGUGGUUACCGCCGCCACUGAACAGCAGUCACAGACUGCUUUUGAUACCGUCACUACCCGCGCCGCCGUCGCUGCGCAAGAUCAUUUCUCCAAGGUCCCCACAGAGAUCAAGGACCGCAUCUUCGCGUGCCUGGACGCGGACGAUGACCUGCACAGCCUCUGCCUCACGUCCAGGGCCUGCAGGGAGAGCGCCGCCCCUCUACUGAACAGUUUCUGCGACACAACGGCUUAUGCUAAUAGAUCUGGACGGGUCGACUAUAAGCCAUAUCUGACCAAGUUGGCUUCUUAUCCGCGUCUAGGCAAGUAUGUACGCCAUGCAGCGCUUGGCCCGUCGAUCCGCCGCCGAUUCUCUUGUACCGAGGUAUUUCUUUCGCUUUCUUAUUUCAGCAAUAUCAAGAGCCUCUUUCUCAAGCGCGUCAACGGACCAGCUUUCGUGGACACUCUUACUUUCAAAGAGCGCUUCACCUGCCUCUCGACUCUGAUUUGCAAAGCAAACCCGAGUAGAGUUUGGUAUCUCUCCAACAUUGGUGCACUGCUUACGGUACCCACGCUGCGCAACCUAAUCCUGGAAGGGUGCCAUGAGCCUCAACGCGCGUGGGCCACAAGAAGAUCGCCCUUAUCCGGAACACCCCUCGGCCUGCGGCUCGUUCAACUCAGAAGUACAGACAUUAGCGUCCGAUCUCUGGGGGAGCUCAUUGAAGCCUGCGGACAACUUGAAGUCUUCGUUCUGCACAACUUCAACGCCGCCUAUCUGGAACACUUAGAAGGAAGACUCCCGAAAUCCAUCGGACGUCGCAAAGACUCCUUACGAUUCUUGCGACUAACAACGUCGGAUGCGUGUCCCGUGGAAUCCUGGGAGUCGCUCAAGGAGUUUUCCCGCCUUCAGUUCCUCGAAAUGAGCUAUCAAUUUCUCUACGGCAUUCUCGAACGUCUGGACACCUGGUACAUCGCACAUAUCCUGCCGCCUUCUCUGGAAGGACUGAGCAUUUCCCAGAUCGAAGAAUCCGAUAUCGAGGACUCCGAUCUCGACGAACUGCUCGCGAGAUUGGGUGAAGCACGGGACCAGUACUGUCCGAGACUCGUCGAUAUCUACUUGUCCGUUCGGAAGCCAUACAUGAUCGAUCGCAUCGAUCGUUGGAAUGAGGUCCGCAAGCUCCACGAGCCCAAGUUCAACAUCCAUACCUUCUGCAUCGGCAGUCGCAGGCCCUUCCAUGAGUGGGUGGCUGCUCGCUAUGGGGGCUUUCGUGAGCUCGAUGAGGCAUAUUGGCGAUACUUUGACGAGGGAUACUGAGCGGAAAUUCUCCCGGCGGAGGUUUCGCAGGACGAAUUGAGGGCAGGUAAGUAGAUGCGCAGUGGGAGGACGGCGUUGAGGCUCUCUGUUAAGGAGUUGGAUAUCACGAUACCCACUGGGCUGGUCUACGACGUUCUGACUUCGGGGCACUUCCUCUGUUUCUCACCAUCCGGCUAGGCUCUGAUUGCCUUCCGGAUGAUGUAUCCCACCCAAUCCUUUCAAUCACUUCGACCCUGUACAAUAGCUAUGGCGUCCCCCGAUACGCUACACAUAUUUCAUGGUCCAUAAUCCAUCCAAAGUCACGC